UUGCAGGGAUCAUUCUUAAAGAGUUUGAUGUCGGUGUUAUUACCGAAAGAAUUGUCUGAUGAAAAUGCUUAUCUUCCAGUUACGUACUGUCAAAUCGAUUUUCCAAAAAUUACGAAAUAGAGUGAACAGUUGUCGACCGAGGUUGCCUCCGUUAGAAAUGUCAAAAAAGAAACCAUUAAUUAUCAUUUUCGGUUGUACUGGAACCGGCAAAAGUGAUCUAGGAAUUGCAGUGGCAAAGAACUUCAAUGGUGAAGUAAUCAGUGCUGAUUCGAUGCAAAUUUAUAAAGGCUUGGAUAUUGCUACGAACAAAGUGUCACAGGAAGAUAUGAAGGAGGUGACGCACCACAUGAUGAGCUUUGUUGAGCCUUCCACUUCUACAUAUAAUGUACACCAAUUCACUAAUAAAGUAUUGCCUUUACUGGAAGAUCUUUGGAGUAUUGGCAAAUUACCUGUUGUUGUCGGCGGUACGGGGUAUUACAUCGAGGGAAUUUUGUUCAAAAACAAUUUGAUACCAACAAAUACAUUCGAUGCUAAGAAUGAUUUCGAAGAUCUCUCAGAUGAAGAAGUUUACGAAUUAUUGAAACAUGUCGAUUUGGAAUCUGCCAUGCAAGUACAUAAAAACAAUCGUUUUCGCGUUGUUCGUGCUUUGCAAAUUUAUUAUGCAACAGGACAGCGUAAAAGUGAAUAUUUGAAAGAGCAGCAUCAAAGGAUAAAAUUAGGCGAAAGGCUACGUUUUAAAAAUGUGUUAUUACUUAUUCUGGAUGCUGGUAAGGAAUUGUUGGAAAAACGACUAAAUGAAAGAAUUGCAAAAAUGAUCGAAAAAGGACUAAGGAAAGAAGUUGAAAACUUUUAUGAACAGUAUCGCCACUGUCUAACAGCUCAUGGAGUGGCUCAAUCGAUUGCAAUAAAGGAAUUCCAUGAUUAUCUACAGCUAACUCCAGAUAAACGAUACACGGAAUUGGGUGAGAAACUGUUCAGCGAAGGUUGUGAAGCUUUGAAAUUGCACACGCGACAGUAUUCACGAAGGCAGCGCCGAUGGAUUAAGCAGCAUUUGCUUGGAGGAAGUACUUUAACGGAGUCAACCAAUAUAGUAUUUAUGGACACCUCGAAGAAUUUUCAUGAUGUUGUAGUACCUAAUGUACUGAAUAGAAUCGACCAGUUUCUAAAUAUUAUCAGUGACGAUAUUUUUCUAAAGCGAACCAAUGCGGAAAGAAAUCAAUCCUUUACAGUUGAUUUUGAUUACAGAAAGCUGGCUAACCAGGUUUAUCAUUGUGAAGCAUGUAAAAUUGAUGUGCAUGGUACGGUAAACUGGGAAGCACACUUGAAAGGUAAAAAGCAUCGGAAAACGCUCAAUAAUAAUAAACAUAUGGAUAAGUCAAUGAAUCAUAUCGACGAGAAAUAAUUGGUUAUUCGGAAUCUAUCAAUGAUUGGGAAACCUAUACUUUGUGAAUAUAUUUCUAAGUCAAUUACAUUUUUUUUGCAAGGUAAAAGUUGGAGACAUCGAUAAUAUAAACAAU